AUGACAAAUAGUCUCUUCUGCGAACCGCAUCCGGACUUCGUGGCCCAUAACGCUGCUUCAGCCCUCCUCGUCACCUCGCCCGCUCUCAACGACUGGGUUGGGUACACCGCCAAGGAAACCUAUCCUGCCUCCGUCAAGUUAGUCGAAGCCACCGAGCGCUACGGCUCCAGCCAGCUCACUAACCACGCCGAGUAUAACCUGGCCUUCGAUACUGAUGAGCCAAUGUUUGUGCAUCUCCAGCGCUUUCCGGAGCGGGAGCGCCGACUCGCCAAUAUCAUGGUCGAGAUGACCUCAACCGAGGGGUAUGGCGUCCAUCACCCGGUGGAAGGGUACCCGUGGGAGGAGGUCAAGGGGAAGGUGGUGGAUGUGAGUUGCUCUCCCUCCCCUCCCCAACUUUCCUGGUCAUUGUCAUUUUCGUACCUGUGCCAUGCGAGCAUCGCCAUCAGUCGCAAGUCCCCAGCCGCCCAGCUCGUGCUCCAGGACGCCCAAGGUGUAGUCGAACAGGGCCGCGCCGCCCUGGCCCCUGCACUGACUGAGCGCAUCACCUUCCAGACACACGACUUCUUCACCGCGCAGCUUGUUAGCGCGGACGUGCGCUUUAUUCUGCAUGAUCAUCCCGAUGCUGAGGCAGUCAAGAUCCUGCAGAAUUUUCUACCCGCUAUGAAGAAGGGCAGUCGUAUCAUUCUCAAUGUGGGAGUGCUGCCGGAGCCUUUAACGCUGGGAAGAAGCGAGGAGCGAAUUGCACGAAUCAUGGACAUGGAGAUGAUCACUACUUUCAAUGCACGAGAAAGUCCGCUCGAGGACUGGAAGAAGCCUUGCGGGGAUGCACAUCCUGCACUGGAAUUGCGGCGCAUUUUCAAGCCCACUGGGAGUAUCAUGUCUAUCAUGGAGUUUGUUCUGGAAGAAUAUUUGAGUUAG